GGAGCAGAGCCGGGCCGGCGGCGAGCGGACCGGGACCAGCAGCCCCGCGAGGGCACCGGGCGCCUGGCCGCGGAGCAGCGCAGGGCCGGGAGCAGGCCCCCGGGGAGAGUCGCAGGAAGCCGUCGGCGGGAGAGCAGCGAAGGACUAGGACAGGACCCCGCCGUCGGGCUCCCGGUGCCGGCGCCAUGAGGCUGCUCCUCGCCCUGCUGCUCCUGGGCCUGGCGGCCGGCUCGCCCCCGCUGGACGACAACAAGAUCCCCAGCCUGUGCCCGGGGCACCCCGGCCUCCCAGGCACCCCGGGUCACCACGGCAGCCAGGGCCUGCCUGGGCGCGACGGCCGCGAUGGCCGCGACGGCGCGCCCGGAGUUCCGGGCGAGAAAGGCGAGGGCGGGAGGCCGGGACUGCCUGGGCCGCGUGGGGAGCCCGGGCCGCGGGGAGAGGCGGGGCCGGCCGGGCCUGCCGGGCCUGCGGGCGAGUGCUCGGUGCCCCCGCGCUCCGCCUUCAGCGCUAAGCGCUCCGAGAGCCGGGUGCCUCCGCCGGCCGACGCGCCCUUGCCCUUCGAUCGCGUGCUGAUCAACGAGCAGGGUCAUUACGACGCCGCCACCGGCAAGUUCACCUGCCAGGUUCCGGGGGUCUACUACUUUGCCGUCCACGCCACCGUCUACCGGGCCAGCCUGCAGUUCGAUCUGGUGAAGAAUGGCGAAUCCAUUGCCUCCUUCUUCCAGUUUUUUGGGGGGUGGCCCAAGCCCGCCUCGCUCUCAGGGGGUGCUAUGGUGAGACUGGAGCCCGAGGACCAGGUGUGGGUGCAGGUGGGUGUGGGCGAUUACAUCGGCAUCUAUGCCAGCAUCAAGACAGACAGCACCUUCUCUGGAUUUCUGGUGUACUCUGACUGGCACAGCUCCCCAGUCUUUGCUUAGUGCCCACUGGAAAGUGAGUCACGCUGACUCCCAGAGGACAACAGCCACGUCAUCUGUCAUCCGGGAGGGCUGGCCCCCCCGGAACGUUGUCACCGACUCGGGACUUGCUGUGGACAAGGAACGGGAACCGAGGCCGUGUGAGCUCACCGCAGGCAGCAUGGGGCAGUGGCUGGAUUUCUGCCCGAGACCACUAGAGUGUGCCAUGCACUGGCAAGUGUGGGUGGGUCCCCCAUUUGCUCGGACCCAGGACUCCAAGGGGGGGGGGUUCCCCGUCCUCUACUUCUCUGUGUUCUCCCCCCUCCCUCCUGCCCCCAGGCUGGCCCCUUCUUCAGAGCCCACUCAGUAAAUCUACAAGAACCCCUA